GACUAUUGCAAAAGUAAACAGGCUUCAUAUUACUUUACUCUAUUUGUAUGCUUAAACUAAUAAUUGCAUUAUGUUUCAAAUAUUGGAAACAGAACCGACGUAAUCUUUGACCCCAAUUUUUCUCCAAUAAUAAUUAGUCUUCUUAUUUUCUCUGCAACCUACCACUUACUCUCUAUUUGUACUAUUUUAUUGUUUAAGCUAAAUUUUCAAAUUUUAUAUAAAUGAAUUGUAUAUAAAGCCUUAUAUACCCUCCGCAUUUGCUCUUAUUGAAUUAUGAUGCUUAUUUAAUUACAUUUAGUUAUUUAUAUUUGUUUUUGUUUUUGCUUUUGCUUAUUGAAUAGCAAAUCAAAAUGAAAGAUCUUACGACAGUAAAGUCUCAAGGCUCGAGGCAUAGUAUCUAUAGACCUGACUCAGCUUAUCCAGAUCUUAGUAUAUCACAUUCAAGAAUUGUCAGCGUCGAUGAAAAGACUGGAAAACUACUUUCACCAAAGACCUCCCAAUCAGAUUCUUUUGAAACUUUUCAAGAAUAUGAGUUAGAAAGAGGUUUAAAAUCUAGACAAGCCCAAUUGUUAGCUCUUGGUGGUGCUAUUGGUACUGGUCUUUUUGUUGGAUCAGGUGGAGCUUUAAGUACUUGUGGACCAGCUUCGCUUGUCCUUAGUUAUACGUUUAUGUCUUCUAUUGUCUAUUUUGUCAUGAAUAUGUUAGGGGAAAUGACUACAUUUUUGCCGUUACCUGGUAAUGGGGCCCAAUCAUACGUUAACGAUUAUCUUUCGUCUUCUUUUGGGUUCGCUAUCGGAUACAAUUAUUGGUAUGCAUUUUCUAUUUUAAUUGCAGCUGAGGUUACGGCUGCAGCUAUUGUCGUUCAAUAUUGGACUACUAGUGUUAACGUUGCUGUAUGGAUCACAAUUUUCCUCGCUAUUCUUAUUGCUUUGAACAUGAGCUCUGUCAAAUAUUUUGGAGAAGCUGAAUUUUGGUUUGCUUCUAUCAAGUUAAUCACUCUUAGUGGUUUAAUUAUUUUGGGUAUUGUACUCUUCUUUGGUGGUGGUCCAAAUCAUGACAGAUUAGGUUUCAGAUAUUGGAAGCAAGAUGCAUUUAUUGAACAUUUGGCUAAAGGUGGUACAGGUAGAUUUCUUGGUUUAUGGACAGCUAUUGUCAAAUCUGGGUUUGCAUUCAUUUGUUCUCCAGAAUUAAUUGCUACUACUGGUGGGGAAUGUAAAAAGCCAAGAAGAAAUAUUCCAAAGGCUGCUAAUCGUUUUAUUUACAGAUUAGCAUUUUUUUAUAUUCUUGGUACAUUAGUUAUCAGUGUCAUUGUUAGUUCUAAAGAUCCCAGUUUAUUAAAUGCUAAAUCAUCUGAUGCUGCAGCUUCUCCAUUUGUCAUUGGUAUUCAAAAUGCAGGUAUCCCCGUGUUGAACCACAUCAUUAAUGCUACUAUUUUAACUUCUGCUGCAUCUGCAGGUAACUCAUUCUUAUAUUCAGCUUCGCGUGCUUUAUAUUCCAUUGCUCUUCGUGGAUUAGCUCCAAAAAUCUUUACCAAAGUUAACCGUUUUGGUGUUCCAUACUUCUGUGUUGCCAUAUCAGCUGCUAUUGGUUGUUUAGCAUACCUUAAUGUUUCUUCUGGUGCUGAGAAUGUCUUCAACUGGUUCAUGAAUAUUACAACUAUCUCAGGUUUCCUUUCUUGGGUACUUGUUGCGUUUGCUUACUUGAGAUGGAGAAAAGCCAUUAAAUUUUAUGAAUUAGAAGAUAGAGUCACAUUCAAGACAUUUGCCCAACCAUUUGGUGCUUACUAUGUCAUCAUUUUUAUUUCCCUCAUCACAAUCACCAAUGGUUAUGGUGUAUUCUUUGCCUUUAACGCUGCUGAUUUCAUCGCUGCUUAUAUUACAUUACCUAUCAUCGCAGCUCUUUAUUUUGGACAUAGAGCUUAUGAUUAUUAUGUCAAUGGUGUGACAUAUUGGUUAAGACCAAUGGAUAAAGUUGAUGUCAUUGAUGGCUUGGACUUGAUUGAAGAAGAGGAUGCUAAUGAACCAGAUCCAAUUCCAAAGAACUUUAUUGAAAGAGUCUGGUACUGGAUUGCUUAGUACUAAAAACUAUUCUUUAUACCUUAUACUUCUCUUAAUAUUAUUAUUAUUAUUAUUAUUUUAUUGCUUUUGCUAGUUCUUCCUUCUUUGUAUCUUAUUUCCAUUUAUUCUUAUAAUAGAGC